AUGCCGGUGGCAGGCCUGGAAAGGAAUGCCAUCAGCUUCAGUGCCACCAUCACAGCUUGUGCCCGAGCUCGUCAUUGGCAGGUGAGCUUGGAACUGCUGGGGAAGAUGGAAGAGAGUAGCAUCCCAGCCAGUGCUGCGACUCUAGGAGCUGCUGUUUCGGCCUGCGAGCGCGGCGCGUACUGGACAGGUGCCAUACACCUGCUGCAGGAAGCUUGGCGCAAGGGGCCCUCGCCCAGUGUGCUGGCACUGAGUGCUGCUAUUAACGCCUGUGGCCAGGGCCAGCGAUGGGACCUGAGUCUUCAACUACUUGGAGAAGCCCAGGGGCCGAAGACUCAAUGGGCCGGAAUCACCUACAACUGUGCGAUUGGGGCUUGCGCGAGAGCAAGAAGGUGGGAAGAGACAUUGGUGCUGCUGUCCGACAUGCGAAAUCGCGACCUUGUCCCAGACUAUGUCACACACAAGUUGGUGAACACUGCUGUGGCUGACAAAGAUGUCUCAGCUGCAGUGUCAGAGUUACUGAAGCCGGACCAGACGCAGGAAAGAUCGCCUUUGCCAUCCAAAGGGGCGCUGAUGGCAGACAGAGCCGAGCUUGAUGGCAGGGUGUAUGGUCAUCGGCCAAUCCUGUGUGAUGAGGUGGUUGAGGCUUUGCAGCUAAGCGCGGCCUCACCUGUCCUGGUGGAUGCCACCUUUGGCCGGGGAGGCCACACCAGGAGACUGCUGGAAGUGCCAGGGGCCACUGUCUUUGCCCUUGAUGUGGACCCUACGGCCAUUUCGGAGGCAAAGCGACUAGCCUCGCAAGAGCCACGGCUGGUUCCUGUGCAUGCAGCAUUUGGAGAUCUUCAAGAGGCGCUUCCUCCUGGCACCCGUCUCCAUGGGCUUCUUGCGGAUCUCGGGGUUUCAUCCCCCCAAUUGGACCAGAAGCACCGUGGAUUCUCACCCAUUGAGGACGGGCCUUUGGAUAUGCGCAUGAAUCCAGAUGUCGGAAUCCCCGCGUCUGAAUGGUUGGACACAGUGAGCCCAGAGGAACUCGCAUGGGUGAUCCAUACCUAUGGAGAGGAUCGAGAUGCCUUCUUGGCAGCGCGCCUGGCAGAGGCCAUUUGCGCAAAGCGACCCUUCCAUCGAACCAAAGAGUUGGCGGAGGCCAUUCGUUUACACUUGAACCAGGAACUGCAACAGCUGGAGAAGCUCCUGUCCGCAGCAUUUCAGCUGCUGGAGUUGGGUGGCCGGGCCAUCAUCAUUUGCUUCAAGGCCUCUGAGGUCUCCACUGUAAGACGCUGGCUGCGGCAGAAUGAGGACUGCAAAGCAAGCGUGGUGGAAGGAUGGACAGAGGAACGAGUCCUUGCGCUAUACCCAUUGCUGCAGAGAAGCCACGAGGAGCAGCCUUGGUGUGCCGUAGAGGUUCAGGAGCCUUUGAAACCCUCCGAGGCAGAAGUCCAGGUGCUGAUGGCACCUCGCCGAAGAUUGGCAGCCCUAGUGGCAUGCCUUGCGGUGGUGCCGCUGUGCUUUGUACCGUCUUUGCCGAAGAGGUGGAACUCAACCUCGCGGCUUUACAGGCGGGCUGAACCAGAAGGCCAAGCCUCCGACAUUCCUGGUGAUGCCGGAGCGGAGACUGAUAGGGCCUGGUGGAAUGAUCCCAGCACAGCCUCAUUGGUGGAGAAGUUGCAGGUAGAAGAAACCACAGAUGCCUUGACCAAAUUAAGGAGGCAAAUGACCCUAGAGGAGCAAGCCUUCGACCAAGAAAUCGAGGAUGUGGUGAUUGCAGGCAAAAGAGCUUUGCUGAAGCUCCGAAUGCAGCGAGCUGUAGAAAUGCCUGGGAUGAAGACCCACAUGUUCAAAAAGAUCAGAAAGCAGAUUGCCAGGGCUUUGUCUUUGAGGCGCCAGCGCGAGAUCGCGCGGGGCAUCACCCAAGAGCAGAGCCGACGAAUGCGACGGCGCAAGCGCUUGGAGCUGAAGGUGAAGUACGAGGAUGCUUAUGGUGGUGAGCGCAAAGGUCCAAAGUCCCGGCGCUGGCUUCGCCGCAUGGGCAGAAUUGUCUGA